CCACCGGAACAUUCUGGAAGAUGCCUCAGCUUCUGGACAGCAUAUGCAUCAUCAUCGGGAUCUUCCACAAGUAUGCCAAGAGGGACGGCGAUUGCUUCACCCUCAGCAGGAGGGAGAUGAAGAGACUGAUGCGGAAAGAGUUCUCGGAGAUUCUAGAGAACCCUCGUGACCCUCAGACCAUUGAGCUUGUCUUGCAGCUGCUGGACCUCAACAAGGAUUGCUUGGUUGACUUCAAUGAGUUUCUAAUCCUCAUGUUCAGAGUGGUGAAGGCCUGCUACAGUCACCUGCACCCCAGCGAAUGCCUCCCUCAGCAAGGAGGCAGUAGAGGAGCCCUACGUGAAAGGGACUCAGAGAGGGAUGGAAGGAUCCACAACCGGCCACGGGAUAACGGAGAAGAAAGAACUUAUGCCCAUGAGAGAGGAGGUUCUGACCAGACACACUCCCAUCCAGCUGAAUCUUCUGCAAAUCGAGAGGAGAGGAGAGAGUACCUCAGUCCUGUUCAGCCUGUAGGCCAAACAGAUGACAGGAGCCACCAGGUCCGCAACUUUGAAACAAGGGGUGAUCAAGGGAGGAUCCAUCAGUCACUAGACCUGAACCUCAAAAGAAUAAAGCUGGCUAUCAUCAACCAAGAGAAAGGACACCAACAGCCAAAGAGGAACCUCAACGUCGGUCAGAAGAUCUUGAGGUUCACGAUGACAGACGUCGUCCAUCACAUGAGUUUCAGCCACGAGAAGGAGACAGAGAUCACUAUUACCGAGAACCCACACGAAGACUGA